GAACCACUGUCGUGGUCCUCGUUUGGCCAAUGCCGAAAUAAUGAAGACGGGAAUUUUGGGUAAGGCUAGCUGUGGUGCAUGUGAGACGCAGAGACCUAGGAGUUCUCGAGCUGUCUGAUGUCUUGUAGCUCAAUCUGUGCUUCCUGUUGGUUCUCAUUCUCCAGAUCCUGGAUAACAGCACAUCAAAUAUGGCAUUCUCAUCCAGACCACCACGGCAGCUUGUCAAGUAUGCCGCCUCUUCAGAACCGAUCCUGAAGCUCCCACAUCCGUACCAGACAGCCUACCUCGUCAAGUUUGUCGUAGGCAGCAGUUCCUAUCAACUCGUUCCUCACAAUCCCCAACCUGGCACCGAGUCUCCCGUCACACCCCUUCACAAUGCUGCCGUCUCCUUCUCCGAACCCCAGGACCUCAAGUCGAGCGACCGACCAACUGACUCCAACAACACCCCCUGGGCGAGGGCGAGACGGAACCCAGCCGUGACGGUAACCUGGACGAGCGCUGAGCCCCCAACAGUUGCCCAGCUUUGGCUCAUCACCUACGCCAUCUUUACCGUCCGGCCAAGCGAAGAAGCCUUCCGCCUCGACGCCCAGGGGCCCGGCGCCGACCGGCUGGCCCGCCAACUCCAAACCGUCGGGCUUGCCAUCACCCACCCCACGCCGGCCUCCAAACCCGAGGUUAUUGCCCAGUCCUCCAGCAACAACCCCAACAACGAACUCCUCGUCUCACGCAGUGCCUUCUGGCAAGGUGCCGGCUCCCCCUUUGGCUCGCGCCCAGUCUGGGCCCCGGAGGCCCAAGACCCGGACCUCUCGUGCUACCCGAUCCCUCCGCCCGAGUACAUCAUCACCACGGCCUCAGACCCAUCGACCACCGGCUCGGCCUUCUACUGGCACCCGCGGCGCCGCUCCAAGCCUCAGCCGGGGUCGGUCGUGUACAGCCGGUGGAUCCCGCACCUGCGCGAGACGUUCAGCAUGGUGGCGCUCGACUGGUCCCGCGCCGAGCACGUCGACCUGUUCCAUGCGUGGCAAAAUGACCCGCGCGUGUCGCAGGGCUGGGACCUGAGGGGCACGCGCGAGCAGCACGUCGAGUACCUGCGCCGGGCGCACGAGGACCCCCAUCGGUUGGCGGUGCUGGCGCGGUUUGACGAGACGUUUUUUGCUUAUUUUGAGGUGUACUGGGCAAAGGAAGACAGCGUCGGCGCGUACUAUCCCGCCGGCGACUACGACCGCGGCCGGCACAGCUUGGUGGGCGACGUGCGGUACCGGGGACCGCACCGCGUCAGCGCGUGGUGGUCCAGCCUGAUGCACUACCUGUUCCUGGACGAGCCGCGCACGGCGCGGCUCGUCGGCGAGCCCAAGUUCACCAACAGCUCGGUCCUCAUGUACGACCUCAUCCACGGCUUCGGGCUCGACAAGUUCAUCGACCUGCCCCACAAGCGGUCCGCCCUCAUGAGCUGCUCUCGCGAACGCUUCUUUCAGCUGUGUCCGCUCGACGACAACGAAAAGGUCAUGGGCGGGACGGGGGUGAGGCUGGUCCCGAAACUGUAAGGGGCGGUUUUGCAGUGUAACC